AUGGGCAGGUGGCUAAUUCGUACGAAUUAUGUUGAGGUUACGUUACACGACAAGCCUUCAAAAAGUGGUCUUCAACCUCAUGUCUCUCAGAUUGUGUUUUUUGAGGACAAGAACUUCCAGGGCCGCCGUUACGAGUGCGACAGCGACUGCUCCGACUUCCACACCUACCUGAGCCGCUGCAACUCGAUCCGUGUGGAAAGCGGCGCCUGGGUGGUUUAUGAGCGGCCAAACUACGCGGGGAACCGCUACCUGCUGACCAGGGGCGAGUAUCCGGAGUACCUGGGCUGGAUGGGACUCAAUGACUGCCUCAGUUCCUGCAAGAUUAUCCGCUUUACGAGUGGAAUGCAGUACAAGGUUCAGUUGUACGACAAACCCGACUUCACAGGCCAGGCUAUAGAGUCCAUUGAAGACUGUCCAUCAGUGCAGGAGAGGUUCCGUCUGCGAGAGGUCCAUUCCUGCAAAGUUCUGGACGGAUACUGGAUCUUCUAUGAGCAUCCCAACUAUCGUGGCCACCAGUACUUCCUGGAUAAGGGCAACUACCGCAAACCAGUGGACUGGGGCGCAAUCUGUCCCAGCGUUCAGUCUUUCCGUCGCUUCACAGAGUGAUGUUUCUGUCA